AGAACGCGCAUCUUCCACAACCAGCUUCUCCUUUUUAAACUUUCGAACUAUAUUUUUUGUAAAAAUAUCCAACUGGCUUAGUUUUAAUUCAACCUUUCUUAACAUUUGUAAAAGGUUUGGUUGUUUGGGAGUUUCUAGUAUACUGUGGACAUUAAACUGUGAUUGUUGCCCGGUAGUUGGUUGACGAUAUAAAACACGCUUAUUGGCCUAGCGGUCGUAUAAUAUUCAUUACCAGGGCGUAACGUCUAUAAAACCAUAUUUUAUGAUGACGCUGGAGUAUCUUCACCCACAGCAAGCCGAGAACAUGUACAUCCACCACCCCUCCGCGUCGGGGGGCUUCCAGCAGCAAAGCAUCCAUCCGCCUCCUCCUGCUCCACCCCACCACCAGUUCGCAUCCGCCGACUACUGGCAGCAGCUGCACGGCGUCACCGCCGGUGGCGACCACUCCGCACCGGUAACAGGCGCCAGUUCCACCGUGUCCAACACUGCCGUGAGCCAGCAGCCAAACUCGACACCGGGUUGGACGAACGGUGGGCUAGCCGGCGCCAUCGCCGCCUCCGCCGGGGGCGCGGUGCCGGUGACGGAAUGGCAGUAUAUCCACCACGCCUCGCAGAACUCGAACACGGCGUCGUGUCCGCCGACGUCGCUUUACACCGGAGUUUCUGACGACUUCGCUGGAGGUCAUAGUCAAGGGCAAGCCUAUGUUAGCCCUGGUGGGAUCCAAACAGUUGCCCAAGCUUUGCACCGGCCAAUGAUGACUACCUAUGACUGGAUGAAAAGCUCUACAUAUCGCUUCAACCCCCAAACAGGCAAGACGAGAACAAAAGACAAGUAUCGUGUUGUAUACACUGAUCAUCAGCGACUGGAACUGGAGAAGGAGUUCCAUUACAGUCGGUAUAUUACUAUCAGACGAAAAAGCGAGCUUGCCUUAGCUUUGGGUCUCUCCGAAAGACAGGUGAAAAUUUGGUUCCAGAAUCGGCGAGCUAAGGAACGAAAGAUGGCAAAGAAGAUAAAGAUGCAAGACGGGCAGUCGCAUAAUCAGUCAACGCAUCAUGAAGAUGAUCGAAGUCCGAACGAACGUCGUAAAGAAUUUAAUCAUCCAAGUCAACACAGUCAUCAUCAUCAUCCUCCUCCUCAUCAUCACACUCAUCAUCAUCAUAGCCAUCAUCAUUCCGUUUUACAGCAUUCAUCAAGCCCUAACCAAACCGCUGUCGACACCAAGCCCAAACUCCCUAUCAUUCCCGCGACCGCGAUGACCACGAUAUCCGCCGAGGUCAUUAAGACGACCCCGUUGACGCCGACGACGUCGCCGCCGCAUCACGUGACUUUGCAGUCAAACGAUGUCACCAUGGAUGGCAGGGCGCUGACGAGCAGCCACGCCUUGAGCUCCGGCGCAGACACGAUCGACAAUUCGCUGCAUAUUCCCAUCACCGCUGCCGAAGUUGCAAAUCUUGUUUUAGUAAACAAUAAGAAUACCAUACUUCAAGCACAGUGAUCACAUAAUACGCUAACCAAAUACCCGGUUGACACUUGCACGCAUUGUGGUGCCCGCAUUGAUGCAUGCAAGUGCGGGACACUUUAUGGCAUGACUUGGCUUUAUCAAUAAUAUUUACGCAUUGUCUCGAUACGUUCACGACAUACUUGCAACAUGUUUCAUCAUUGCUUGCGCGAAGUUCACCCAGUGUUCACGCACGGUCCCGACGACGUGUUUUAAGCCCAGCGAAUAUUCUCGACACCCUAUUUGUGACUAUCUAGCGCAAAUUCAAAUAAUUAUUCCAACGUUCUGGUGUUGACGCCCACUACGUUCGUUGAUUAGGACCACUUACACUGAUCACGUGGUCUGCACUCACAAUUUUGCGCAUAUCAUUCGCGAACUAUGCGUGAAGUAUGCUAAUUAGCCUAUAAUAUAUGCACGAAGUAUACUCGACCCUGUUGUGAAAUACUAUAGUCGUGAACUGCGUGCCACUAUACCCCGGGGGGGUGUGUCUACUACUCUUUUUUGCGCCACGAAAUUUAUAUUUCGACGCCACGCUGUUGCGCUUAGGUUGCGUAUAGUUCACGAAUUUGUAAUUUUCAACAUGUUGAAAAUUUUGGCACGCAUUUCACGCACUGCCACGCACCUUUCCGCAAGCUGGUACGCAUAGUUCGCGCAUUGGCCCGUAUGAUUUCGUGCCCAUACGCAAACUAUGCGGGAACCACAAUACAUGCAAGUGUCAACCGAGCUUUCACGUGAGGUUAUUUUCUGUAGAAUAUAGAAUAUGCUGACUGUUUUGUCAUUUCUUUUUGGCUUUUAUUCUUUAUGUUGAGGGUAUUGUUUUGCGAGCUAUUAUUUACGUUUAUAGUUGUUUUAUGAUGCAAAACUUUUUUUUAUACAUUAAUAAAUAAACAGGACGAUCACUGUCCAUCAAUAUGAUAUUUGAUAAGUAUCAUAUAUGGGGAUUAUCUUGUGUAAAAAAAGGGGGUGGGUGAAAAAACAUUAUUUUAACUUUCUGUAUUUUGUAUCCUUCGUUAAAAAAACGUACAUAACCAUAUACGUUGGUUUUGAUUAUUUAUGCCUAUUCUUUAUCAACACUCUAGUUUUGAUUUGCUCUUGUUUAUCGGAUUGUUCUUAUUUUGUUUUGCUUUUUUUCAUAUUGACAGAUUUAUUUGAUAGUCGAUUAUUAUGUUACAGAUCGACUUGUUUUUAUUCUGCCAUUUUAUAUGAAUGACUUACGAUAGAGAAACUGUAAUUUUGAUGAUGAUCAUGGCCGUAUGCAUUUUUUUUGCUGGGGCCGGGGGGGGGGUAAAUAUUUCGAAAAAAAUCGAAAGCGAGGGAGCGAAACGAUCGAGUUUGUCAUUGGAGAGAUUUGCAUUUUGUAAAGUGAAAUUGAAGAAGUUCAUGCAUAUUUUUGGUGAUCUUUUUAAAAAAUUCAAUAAAAAAUUAUCAAAUUUUAUGGGGGACAUUACGGUUAUGAUGAUGAUAUUACACUGUAAAAAAUGAAGUGCUAAUUUAGCACUUAAAGUGCUUGUAUAGUGACUGCACUACGAGUGCUGAUUUUCUGGUUUAAAUUUGAACUAGAAAAUCAGCACUGGUAGUGCAGUCACUAUACAAGCACUGGAAGUGCUAUAUUAGCACUUGUAUGAUGAAAGUGGCAACAACAAUAGUAAUUAUAUGAUACCAAAGAAUAAUAAUAAUAACAAAGCUGCUACUACGAUUUCUACUUGUACUACUACUACUACUUAAAACAAUAGUAAUAAUGAUAAUAAUAAUAAUAGUUAUAGUAAUAACCAAAAUUGUAGUAAUAAAAAUAAUGUAUGAUGGAAUUAUAACAAUUUUGAUAGAUAAAUGAAUAAUUAAAUUACAUUUAUGUUUUCAUAUUCUUAUGUUUUACAAACUUUUGGGUAUGCUAUUUGCGACCCAGCAUGGAUAUAUGUCCAUACUUCAAGAGGCUUGGCCGGGUUUAGCUAUAUCAAUUGAGAACUGUUUGAAUAAAACAGACUCUCUGAUUGAAUUUUGUACAUAAAGUGUAUUAUUCCCUUAUUUUAUCUUUGUUUUACUUCGUAAAUUAACUUUUUUCUUUUUCUCUCAUUGUUUUACUCAAUUUUCAAUAUGCAAAUCGAAAUUUUCCGUAAAAAUACGAAGAAAACUGUUUUUGGUUACUUUCUUUGUUUUCCUUUGUUAAUUUUAGGGAUUUUACUUAUCCUUAUUUUCAAAUCAAUCGUGUUCUUCAGGACCAUGAACAGUGUUUACUUGGAACUAUUAACAUGAUUAAUUUGCCCUAUUGCGAGGUUUUAUAUUGCUUGUAUAAAAUUAUAAAUGUAAGAGGAAAAUGGUUGAAUAUAUUGUGUCACUUUAGAGUGUUUAUCGCCUUUUGUUCACUGUUGUGAUGGUGAAAAUGUAUUCAUGUAUGUUUGAUUCGUUGAUAUUUGAAUGUUUUAUAUCCGACAGAAAAUAUUUACUUUAGUAAUCCAGAUAUUUCUUGGUUAUCGGGCCAUAUGUAAAUAUCAUCACGUUGUUGCCAAUAUAUCUACACAAAUAUGUAAAUUAUUCCAUUUACAAAUUUUGUUUCAUGGGUAGUUAGCAUUGCAAAAAUACUUUUCAUAUAUUUCGUGACAUGUUGUCGAUUUUUUUUUGCUUAUGAAAACGUUGUACAUGUCAGUAUCAUCUCAAACCAAAUAUUCAGUAUUUUCCGCAUAUUAUCAUUUAAAAAUUAUCAGUUUUACAUGGGAAGAACUCUGUUAAGAUAGUCUGUCUUCAAUGUGAAAUGAAAUGGGAUUUGAAAAAAAAAUCAGUGCUGUAAAUGAUUUUUCUUUUUAUUUCGUUAUAGCAUAAAUAUAAGCAAAAUUAUGAAAAUGCCUCAAAAAGACACAAUAAAUGUUAUCUCUCUUUCUUUGUCUCCCUCUCUCUCUCUCUCUCUCUCUUUACCUCCAACCGUUUCUUUUCCAUGUUUUCUCCCCCUCAUCAAUUUCUUUAUUAGUUUACUUUCUCGCUUUUCAUCUCUUUAUUUUUAUAUUUCUUUCUAUAAUAUAUCUUGAAAAGUGAAAUAUCGUGAUUGCCUUUGAACAUUAGCAUUUAUUUGUUAUUCCUGUGUAUUCGCAUACCGUAAUAAAUAUACUUCGUAAUUCGUUGCAUAAUUAUUCCUUUACCAACACUGUGAUAAUAUUUGAUAACUGGAAUGAUUAUCAUCGUCCUAUGUAAACAAAUAUCUAUUGAAUUCUUUUUACACAGCCGAAUUCAAUAUUCCUAAUACAAGAUUAUGCAUUUCUUAUUUUCCUUUGAAAUACAUGAUUUUUACAACCAAUCAAAACACAGGAAUGUAUAUAGCGUCACAUUCUGACACUUCUUACUUGUACUGGUCAAAAAUAAAAUAAAUUUAUUAAUUAUGAA